CAAGUGAUAGUUGUGUCACCCAGGAAGAGAAGAGGAAGGUGGUUCAGGCCACAGGUCUGAGUCAGUGUCGGGCUCCGGGAGAGCAGACACUGAGGGUGCCCCUCGGGAGCAGGAGCGUUCCCCAGACACGAUGCACGGGAUGAGUGGACGCCCCGGGAACAACGAGGCGGGGAGGAACCUGAUUGCAGGUGAACAGAGAGAGAUGGGCGGGGGCGGGAACAGCUUCAUCGCGGGAGUCUUCCUCCAGGCCAAGAACAAGAAGCUGAGCGUCUACGAUGCCAUGGUGAGGGGGCUCCUGACCCCGGGCACGGCGCUGGUGCUGCUGGAGGCACAGGCUGCCUCGGGGCUGCUCACGGACCCCGUGAGGAACGAGCAGCUCUCGGUGAGAGCGGCGCUGGCCUCGGGACUCAUCGGCCGGGACUUCUACGAGAAGCUGCUGUCGGCAGAGGGAGCCGUGACCGGGUACGCGGAGCCCUACACGGGACGCAGGAUCUCGCUGUUCCAGGCCAUGCAGAAGGAGUUCAUCGUCCGGGAACACGCCAUCCGCCUGCUCGGGGCCCAGGUCGCCACCGGCGGCAUCAUCGACCCCGAGCACGGCCACCGGGUCCCCGUGGAGGUGGCCUGCGAGCGUGGCUACUUGGACCAGGAGACGGGACAGUUCCUCUGCAACCCCGAGAAUCAAACCAGGAGCUGCUUCGACCCCAACACCCACGAGAACCUGACCUACGUGCAGCUGCUGCGCCGCUGCGUCCCCGACCCCGACACGGGGCUGCUCAUGCUGCAGCUGAUGGACAAGGGCUCCGUGCUCUACCAGCUCACCGAGGACGCCCGCAAAGCCCUGCAGGCCGCCCGCACCACCCUCAGCGUGGGGCUCUUCCAGGGCCAGAGCGUCACCCUCUGGGAGCUCCUCUUCUCCCGCUACGUCCCCGAGCUGCAGAGGGAGGAGCUGCUGAGGAAGUACAAGGCGGGCACGGUGACCAUCCCGCAGAUGACGACCGUCCUCGCCGCCACCGUCACCGGGGCAGAAACGGGAAAUGGGGGCCUGAGCUCACCCGCAGCCAGACCCCACAGCGAGGCGAGGGCGGCACCCCCAGCUCAGGACGUGCAAUCCCAGGAGCAGCAGCUGAGAAAGUCCUUAAAGUCUGCGACCGUCCACGUCGCUGCCGGGGAGUUCCGGGGCCAAAACGUGUCCUUGCUGGACCUGCUCUUUUCCAAAUACGUCCCUCAGGGGAAGCGGCAGGAGCUGCUGGAGCUGUACAGGGCGGGGAUUCUGAGCACGGAGCAGGUGGCCACGGUGGUCACCACCAUCCUGAACAGGGCAGAAGCCGCGAACGCCGCGCUCGCGGCAAAGGCCAGAAACCCACACAGGGCAGUGGCGAGGGCAGGGGACGAUGGAGACGAUUGUUCAGCUCAAUACACACACCUGGAUGACGUCUUGAAGUCCACCACCAUCAGUGUGCCAGCUGGGAAGCUGCGGGGGAGGCAGGUCUCCCUGUGGGACCUGCUCUUCUCCGACUGCAUCACCGAGGAGAAGAGGCAGGAGCUCCUGGAGCUGUACCACGAGAGGUUAUUAACUCUGGAGCAGAUGACAACCGUUGUCACCGCCCUCGUUAAGAAAAAAGAAUCUACAGGCAGGAAAUUCCAAAUUAAAGUCAAGGGUUCUGACAAGGACACUGUGACAGGGGCAGGAGAGGAGGGUGACAACCCCCCCAGAGAAGAACCGAGCGAAACAGCUUUGAAAGCCACGGUGGUCGACGUGGAGGUCGGGGAGUUUCGGGGCCACAAGGUCUCCGUGUGGGACCUGCUCCACUCCCAGUAUAUCCCCGAGGAGAACAGGAAGGAGCUGCUGGAGCUGUACGAGGCAGGGGAGUUGACCCUGGAGCAGGUGAAGAGCGUUGUCACCACCAUCGUGACCAAGGCAGAGCAAACGUCACCCGUGGGUGGUCCUGAGGCAGAGCCCACGGGCACAGAGGCAGAGCCCACCCCCCUGCACGGGGACACGACCUGGGAAGAGACCCUGAAGGCCACCCCAGUCGAGGGGUCAGUGGGUGAGCUGCGGGGGAGGCAGGUCUCGCUGUGGGACCUGCUCUUCUCCGACUACAUCCCCGAGGAGAAGAGGCAGGAGCUCCUGGAGCUGUACCGUGAGGGGACACUGGCCUUGGAGCAGUUAACGCUUGUUGUCACCACUCUCAUCAAGAAAAGAGAAUCUACAGGCAGGAAAUUCCAAAUUAAAGUCAAGGGUUCUGACAAGGACACUGUGACAGGGGCAGGAGAGGAGGGUGACAAUUCCCCCAGAGAACCGAGAGAAACAGCUUUGAAAGCCACGGUGGUCGACGUGGAGGUCGGGGAGUUUCGGGGCCACAAGGUCUCCGUGUGGGACCUGCUCCACUCCCAGUAUGUCCCCGAGGAGAACAGGAAGGAGCUGCUGGAGCUGUACGAGGCAGGGGAGUUGACCCUGGAGCAGGUGAAGAGCGUUGUCACCACCAUCGUGACCAAGGCAGCGGCAGCGAGGGCAGAGCAAACGUCACCCGUGGGUGGUCCUGAGGCAGAGCCCACGGGCACAGAGGCUGAGCCCACGGGCACAGAGGCUGAGCCCACCCCCCUGCAUGGGGACACAACCUUGGAGGAGGCCCUGAAGGCCACCCCAGUCGAGGGGUCAGUGGGUGAGCUGCGGGGGAGGCAGGUCUCGCUGUGGGACCUGCUCUUCUCCGACUACAUCCCCGAGGAGAAGAGGCAGGAGCUCCUGGAGCUGUACCGUGAGGGGACACUGGCCUUGGAGCAGUUAACGCUUGUUGUCACCACUCUCAUCAAGAAAAGAGAAUCUACAGGCAGGAAAUUCCAAAUUAAAGUCAAGGGUUCUGACAAGGACACUGUGACAGGGGCAGGAGAGGAGGGUGACAUUCCCCCAGAGAACCGAGAGAAACAGCCUUUGAAAGCCACGGUGUUAGACGUGGCGGUCGGGGAGUUUCGGGGCCAAAACGGUUCUCCGGUGGGACCCUUGCUCCACUCCGUAUGUCCCCGAGGAGAACAGGAAGGCGCUGCUGUAGCUUCCGAGGCGGGGAGUGACCCUGGGAGCAGGUUGAAGAGCGUUGUCACCACCAUCGUGACCAAGGCAGAGCAAACGUCACCCGUGGGUGGUCCUGAGGCAGAGCCCACGGGCACAGAGGCAGAGCCCACCCCCCUGCACGGGGACACGACCUGGGAAGAGACCCUGAAGGCCACCCCAGUCGAGGGGUCAGUGGGUGAGCUGCGGGGGAGGCAGGUCUCGCUGUGGGACCUGCUCUUCUCCGACUACAUCCCCGAGGAGAAGAGGCAGGAGCUCCUGGAGCUGUACCGUGAGGGGACACUGGCCUUGGAGCAGUUAACGCUUGUUGUCACCACUCUCAUCAAGAAAAGAGAAUCUACAGGCAGGAAAUUCCAAAUUAAAGUCAAGGGUUCUGACAAGGACACUGUGACAGGGGCAGGAGAGGAGGGUGACAAUUCCCCCAGAGAACCGAGAGAAACAGCUUUGAAAGCCACGGUGGUCGACGUGGAGGUCGGGGAGUUUCGGGGCCACAAGGUCUCCGUGUGGGACCUGCUCCACUCCCAGUAUGUCCCCGAGGAGAACAGGAAGGAGCUGCUGGAGCUGUACGAGGCAGGGGAGUUGACCCUGGAGCAGGUGAAGAGCGUUGUCACCACCAUCCCCACGGGCACAGAGGCUGAGCCCACCCCCCUGCACGGGGACACAACCUUGGAGGAGGCCCUGAAGGCCACCCCAGUCGAGGGGUCAGUGGGUGAGCUGCGGGGGAGGCAGGUCUCGCUGUGGGACCUGCUCUUCUCCGACUACAUCCCCGAGGAGAAGAGGCAGGAGCUCCUGGAGCUGUGCCGUGAGGGGACACCCACCAUCCAGGACCUGCUCAGCACCAGCGGCAGCCUCGUGCCCCCCGGCCGGGGGAGGCAGCUCGCGGCCCUGCCCCGCCAGACCAUGGACCUGCUACGGUCCGAGGGCUCCUACAUCACCUUGGGGCCGUGCCAGGAGCGCCGGGUGUCGGUGUGGGAGCUCCUCUCCUCCAAGCAGGUCUCCGAGUACAAGCGCGAGGCCCACCUCGACUCGUACGGCGCCGGGGGGCUGACGGUGAACAGGAUCACCAUCACCACCACCGUCACCACGGGCCCCCAGCGCCAGCAGGGCCACCAGCGGCACCACUGACACCCGCCCCCGGCACGGGAGGGGGCUCAGCCCCCCGGGCACCCCUGGGACUGUGCCCUCCACGUCCCUCCGUGUGUCAGUGCUGUGACAAACCCCUGUGUGCAGCGGGGUUAAACUCCGGGUUAAACUCCUGCUUAAACUCCGGGUUA